GGGUCACCAGGCAUCAGGUCAUUUGGCUCGACCGCGGGCACCGCGUCAUCUGGCAAGGCAGUGGGCUCCGAGUCAACUGGUAUGACCGCGGGCACUGGGUCAGACAUUGGAUCGUCUGACUGGACAGCGGGCAUCGGGUCACCAGGCAUCAAGUCAUUUGGCUCGACAGCGAGCACCGCGUCAUCUGGCAAGGCAGUGGGCUCCGAGUCAACAGGCACGACAGUGGGCACCGGGUCAUCAGGUACCGGAUUGUCUGGCUCGACAGCGGGCAUCGGGUCAUCAGGUAUGACAGCGGACACUAGGUCACCAGGCAUCAGGUCAUUUGGCUUGCCAGCGGGCACCGCGUCAUCUGGCAAGGCAGUGGGCACCGAGUCACCAGGUACGACAGCGGGCUCUGAGUCAAUUGGCACGACAGCGGGCACCGGAUCAGGUACCGGAUCAUCUGGAUCAACAGCGGGCAUCGAGUCAACUGGCCUAAUAGGAUCGUCAGGCUGGAUCAGCAGGCAUCAGGCCGAGUACAGGCAUCAGGCCGAGUACAGGCAUCAGGCCGAGUACAGGCAUCAGGCCGAGUACAGGCAU